UCUACUGAGAGAAGAGGAUGUGAACAGUUCAGCUCUGCUACGACACUCGGCUAGACGCACCAAAUUUGUGAUUUUAGAACCGCCGCAAAGUAAGCGAAAGGACGAAUGUCUUUCAGCGCCCUUCUUCGUUUCUUUUGUUAAACCGGUAUGGGGAUUAAACGUGACCGAUUCACAAGGAAACUUGUCAAAGCGUCGCCAAAUUGAAAGCUUGGAACUUAACAGAAGAAACUAUCCACACUCAUGGGAGACUGAAGACUGUUAGGUGUGCCCUUGAUAAGACACCCCAGCCCCCCUCGCCCCUGAGGACCCAGAAUGGAUGAGGGACCUGGCACACUUCCACCAGCCUCCCACCCACGCCGACUCUGAGAGCCUGGGCUGGCCGACCCCUCCGCCCACGGCAGCAUGACCCAGACGGACUACAAGUUCAGCCUGCUGAGGGAGAGGCCCCUCCUUCUGCAGGUGGAGGACAGCCCCAUGAACCUGUUCGCUGUGCUGGAGGCGAAGAGGGACCCCCAGCGCAGGUUCAGUGCCCUGGCCUGCUUCCGGAAGGUCAAGCUCUACGGCUUCUUCCUGGGGCUGACAGUGAUGUUCCUGGUCAUGGCCUCCUACGUGCUGACAGGGGACAAGAAGGGCCUCCUGCUGACCCCUUCCCCAUACCACUUCACCACCCUGGUCAACACCGCGCCCUUCCCCUUCAACCUUUCCUCGGCCAAGGACUACGCCAACAUUAAGCUGGUGGUGAAAACCAUCGCCUCCAAGGUGGAGUUCAGCUCCAGACAGAUUCCGGACCUUAAGGACCUGGUCCACAGUGAGCCGCAUCUGUUUUCUGUUAUCCCACGCAAAUUCCUGCCGAACGUUAAGAACCCGUGCUGGUACGAGGAGCACUCUGGGAAUAUCACAGCCGAUCCCUACGGCGCCAACUUGUACGCACGCUACUCCAAGCGUUUCCGAACUGCGUUUGACCACCUGCGGAACGCUUUCAGGGAACAUUUGCAUCGCCGCGGGAACAAGUACUACCGCAUGCGGUGCCUGCCCUUCUUCUACAUCAUAGGUCAGCCCAAAUGCGGCACCACUGACCUUUAUGACAGACUGAGGUUACACCCGGACGUGAGGUUCACCACAUUCAAAGAGCCCCACUGGUGGACCAGGAAAAGGUUUGGUAUCAUCAGGCUGAGCGAGGGCUUCCAUGACCGCUACCCAGUGGAGGAUUACCUGGAUCUCUUUGAUCCAGCCGCGUACCAGAUCCACGAGCACCUGCAGAGAAACUCAUCUGGAGGCUCCGGCAAGCACAACAUUAUCAUAGGUGAGGCCAGUGCGUCCACCAUGUGGGACAACAACGCCUGGGUCUAUUUCUAUGACAACGCCACUGAAGCGGAGCCUCCAUUCCUGAUCCAGGACUUCGUCCACGCCGUCCAGCCAGACGCCAGGUUUAUCGUGAUGCUGCGGGACCCCGUGGAGAGGUUGUACUCUGACUACCUCUACUUCGGCAUCGCCAACAAGUCAGCAGAGGACUUCCAUGAGAAGGUGUCCGAGUCCCUGCAGCUGUUCGAAGGGUGCCUGGCAGAGUUCUCCAUGCGCUCCUGUGUCUACAACACCACCCUAAACAAUGCCAUGCCUGUCAGACUGCAGGUGGGGCUUUACAUUGUGUACCUCCUGGAUUGGCUGACGGUGUUCCACAGGGACCAGAUUUUGGUCCUGCGUCUGGAGGACCACGCCUCCAACCGGAAGUACACCAUGCACAAGGUCUUCGACUUCCUCAGCUUGGGACCUUUGACAGAUCAGAAGGAGGCGGAGAUCACCAAAAGCCCUGCAUCCAACACGCGGAGGCCGGCUGACAAGAACCUGGGACCCAUGCUUCCGGUCACCAAGGAGAUCCUGCGAGAAUUCUACUCCCCCUUCAACCAGAAGCUGGCCAGAGUGCUCAGGAAUGACUCUUUCCUGUGGGAGAGCCAUUCCAAACUCAUGUGAACCAGUCCCCGCUCAAUCCCUGUCCAUAGAAACGGUUUCAUUGGGAAACCAUUAGCGAUUUGCUGAAAAAAAAAAUGCCACAGGGAAUCUGUGUUUUUAUUUAAAUUAUUUUAAGUUAUAAAACAGAGAAGAAUCACUGAUGCAAAAGCAGCACAAUACAGUUCUGUCUCAUCAUUUUGGCCUGGUUUCACAUUUCAAAAAGGGGAUUUCCCUUUUGUACAGCAUUGUUUUUGAACAGCCUUACAUUAAAUAAAAUACUA